ACAGCCAUGUUGAAAGUGGUUCUGUUGCUCACCCUCUGGGCCUUGGUCCAGCCCAAGUCUGUGCCAAGACAUAAGCGCAUGACGGUAUGUUACGAUGCCUUGGGAUGUUUCAGUACUAAGUACCCGUUCUUCAGUUUGCAACGACCACUCAGUUUUGUCCCCGAGUCCCCCAGUUUCAUCAACCCCGACUUCACCCUGUUCACCCAACAAAACGUCAACAACGGCGACGUGCUUCACACCACUGACGUCACCGCUUUGAAGUCGUCACACUUCAAUGCCCACAGACCUACGAAAGUCAUCGUCCACGGGUACCUGGAGAACGGUAAAGCCAGCUGGUUGACGCAUAUGAAAAAUGAGUUUCUGAAGACGAACGAUUUCAAUGUUAUUAUCGUGGGGUGGGGAAAAGGAUCACUGCCCCCGUACACCCAGGCUACAGCCAACACACGUGUGGUCGGAGCCAUGAUAGCGCAGCUCAUCAAAACUAUACAGAAGACUACGGGUGCACAGCCGGAAACGUUUCACAUCAUUGGUCACAGUCUGGGUGCCCACAUCGCAGGGUAUGCAGGAGAGAGAAUACAGCACGUUGGUCGAAUCUCGGGACUUGACCCCGCGGAGCCCUAUUACCAGAACACCGACAUCCGCGUGCGCCUUGACCCGAGUGACGCGCUUUUCGUCGACGUCAUACACACAGACGGACAGAGCAUUCUUAAACUAGGCUAUGGAAUGAAACAGACGUGUGGCCACGUGGACUACUUUCCUAACGGCGGUAUGACUCAACCUGGAUGUGACAAAGGACCCAUUACUUCUAUUAAACUGGAAGGUCUAUAUGAUGGUGUUAAGAAUUUCGUUGCAUGCAGUCACCUGCGGUCUCACUACCUCUUCAUCGAGUCCAUCAACAGCCGGUGUUCCUUCGACGCGUAUCAGUGCAACAGCUACGACGACUUCGAGUUCGGCAAAUGUAUGCCAUGCAAUGGUAAGGCUUGUGGACACAUGGGAUUUCACGCCGACAAAGUGAAACCCGCUAGAGGACUGAAGCACGUGAAAUACUUCCUCAAAACAAGUGGAGACGGACCUUUCUGUCGCUAUCAUUAUAAAGUACAGCUGUCGUUUGGCAGUCAGUUUGGUGCACGGGCAGAGCGUGGCGACAUGUUCGUCAAUUUAAUCGGGAAAACCGGCCAGACAGGAGAACUGACACUUAACAAAGAUCACAUGUACGUGCAGCCGGGAAUGUCAUACAACUUUGUAGUGACGUCAGUUAAAGAUAUUGGCGACAUCACCAAUGUCGAGUUCCGGUGGCAUCACAAUUCUGCUUUAUUGAACCCGCUGAGCUGGAAUCUCCUGAACUUCCGACAUCCAAGGCUGUAUCUAAACAAAGUAAACGUUGUCAACGGGCACACGUCUAACCAAUAUACGUUGUGUGGUCACAGCGGUGGAGUCGAGAAUGGGCACAAAGAUCGGCUUUCCAUAGGAGCACACACUUGUUAAUGUGUGUGUUAUGGUAUUUGUCAUGAUGUAUAGUUUACACGUGAUUUGAUUACACUUGUCUCACAAUGAAAA